CUGUAAUUGAGUGAAGAAUAACUCAACUGCUGAUGUAGUAACACAUCGCACUCUAUACACUAUUCUCAUUAACUAUUAUUAAGAACCAGAAAAAUGGAAAAACCAGAUGAGAAUGAACAAAAAAUCGAAUUCGAAAGGGUCCUCAACCAAGAGUUGGGUGAAUUCGGACUAUACCAAUUUAGAAAUAUUUUAUUAGUUCUGCUACCUGCUAUUUUCUCUGGAUUUAUGGCGGGUGACUAUAUAUUUACAGCCGGCAGGCUUCCUCAUCGAUGCGCAGUACCAAUAUGCGAUGACAGGCAACAAGAAUACGCACCAAAUUGGAUUCUAGACGUCAUACCGGAAACUGCUACUGGUUUCGAUGAUUGCUCCAGAUACGCGAACAUAACACAGAUUCCUGAAUCAAUUUUAAAUGGCACUUGUCCAGCAAAUCUAUUUGAUAGGAACAACAUUAUUAGUUGCGAGAGUUACGUAUACGAAAGAACAAACACAGUUGUAUAUGAUUUUGGAUUAGAAUGUCAGGAAUGGCUCCGUGCUCUCUCCGGUACGUUAAAUAGCAUGGGUGCAAUGAUCGCUCUUCCUUUAGCAGGAUUUAUAUCCGAUGUAUUUGGACGGAGAAUGUCGGUGGUAUUUUUUGGAUUUAAUGUAGCUCUCGUUGGCUGUGUUCGAGCUUUUUCAGUAAAUUACGCAAUGUAUGCAACGCUACAGUUUAUGCAUACGGCUAUCGGAGGAGGUUUAUACAGCGCCGGUUACAUAUUAGCCACAGAAAUUGUUGGCCCGAGAUUCAGAAUUUAUACUAGUGCAACAAUGUCUUCGACGUUCGCUCUCGGUCAAGCUUUGUUAGGAUUGAUCGCAUCCGCUGUUCUAGAAUGGCGAACAUUAUCUUUAGUUUUGUUUGCGCCUGUAUUUUUACUUAUAUCUUAUUACUGGAUACUUAUGGAGAGUCACAGGUGGCUGCUCAGUAAAAAUAAAACGGAUGAAGCUAAAGCUACGUUGUUGCGUGCCGCCAAGUUAAAUAGAAAAGAAAUACAAGAAUCACAUUUAAAUUUUCUUCUAACAGCCAUACCUAAACAAAAUAAAUCAAAUACUGGCGAAAAAAACCUGGUAUACCGUGUUCUAAAAUCCCGUGUAAUGUUGCGGCGAUGUUGUACGACGCCUGUGUAUUGGAUUACAACCACAUUUAUUUAUUACGGUCUUUCAAUUAACGCUGUUAGUUUAUCAGGAAAUAUGUAUUUAAACUACAUUUUAGUAAGUCUUAUUGAAAUUCCCGGCUACUGGACUGCGGUGCUUGUUUUGGACAGGGUAGGUCGUAAGGCAACUUUAUUCAGUGGCUAUCUGUUGUGCGGUAUUUGCUGCUUUGCUUUUGCAUUCACUCCAAAAUCAUUGUAUGGUAUAUCACUAUUUUUAUAUCUGCUGGGAAAAUAUUGCACAGGUGUAGUGUUCACAUCACUGUAUUUGUUUACUACUGAGUUAUAUCCUACGAGGCAUCGGCACUCAUUUUUGGGUUUUUCUUCAAUGAUGGGCAGGAUAGGAUCGAUUGUCGCACCUCUUACGCCUCCUCUCAUGGUGUACUGGUCCGGCAUACCGUCCGUUUUGUUCGGUGGUAUGGCCGUAAUGACAGCUUUUCUGAUAUUAACCCAACCAGAAACACGGGGUAGAAAAAUUCCCGACACGUUUGAAGAAGCAGAAAAUAUUAAAUAAUAGAAUAAAACAUGUAUAUAUAAAGCCAAUACUUAUGAUAGACAUAGAAAUCAAAAUAAGCGAUACUGUCUUUUUACUAAUUUAUACUAUUACUAGCUGUCGUCCGCAACUCCGUCCGGACGGAAUUAAAAAAAAA